AUGUGAUAGCCUGGGGGAGUAGGGUAUGGGGAGUGUAGCUGUGCAGUGACUAAAGGGUGUCUGGUUAACCCUUGCUAUACGUAACGCCAGGAUGAGGGCUCCUCUGUAAUGCUUGUCCUACCACCACUCUUCCCAAGAGCGAUAGGGAGGUAUAGAAUAAUUGAAUGUCCACAAUCGGAGAGUUUGCUGAAAACAGUUGGAUCUUUUACUGAAGAUUUUAUGCAAACUUCACAAUAGGAACAGUCUCUACAAAUGCAAAUUCUCUUGGAGAUUGACAAAGGUUGGGACCUUAAGCAAUUUAGAGUCUUUAGGAUAAUAUGUGUUGUUCCACUGGAUUUAGGGGGAUUUAGUUUCGGUCCAGUAGUCACGCUAGUUUUAGCGGGGAUUAGUUUAGAACUCACGGUUUAGGUUCUGCAGAGGCCGUUAAGUUGUUAGGCCUAGAGUGUCUUUGAAAGUUGUGCAGAUCCGUCCUGCUAGUCUGGCAUCCACGAGAGCAGUAACCCAAGAGAGCGAUCAUUGGCAUACAGCUCCCUUAUAUGGGCAGGGGCUGGACUAGUGCUAAUUUGUCCAUACUGAUGUCAAUCACCUUCACAGAGGAUUAUGGGUCCUGUGACGCUAGCAAGGAACCAACUCCGGGUAGGAGACCAGGUGAUUGUCAAGGCCCUCCAGAAGGGAAAUAAGCCGGGGAGCUUCAUCUACGGACAACCCACCGAGGUAGUCACCAUCACCAAAACAGCAGUCCUCACUGAGCAGUCACCCACCUGGAUCCACACCACAAGGAUCAAGCUGUUAAAGAAAAGAGAGGUACUAACGGAGGCAGACAGCCUUGACCUCGAAAAAGGCAGAAAAGGGGUACAAACGGGGGCAGACAGCCCUGACCCGCAACUAGGCGAAGAAGGGGUACAAACGGGGGCAGACAGCCCUGACCCCCAACUAAGCGAAAGUCUUCAUGAGUUCUGGCAGUUAAUUUCUAAUAAUGACACUGAUUGCGGAACCUGUAAAAUGAAAUACCCUUUGCUAACAGAGACCCCACACUCAGGGGCAGGUAUACACAUAUACCCAGGGAAUUACACAUGCUAUAGGGGAGAAAAGAAAGGUGUCAAUAGAAAGAACUUUACAAAGGGAUAUUGUGCUAGUUAUAGCUCUGUAGAAGUGUCACUCACUCAGAACCAAGUUUUUUCAAUUGGUGACAGUUACUGGAUCUGUGGCGAUGGUAAAAUAAGGUUCAAGCUAGAGGGGAAGUGGAAAGGAGAGUGUGUUCUAGCUAAAGCCAUUAUGAACAUUCACAUAUUCGCAGAAGGGGGAGAACACGUAAACUCUGCCACAAAAAGGAUAAAGAGGUCAACACCUGCAGGUAGCUUCGAUCCACAUGUAUACAUAGACACGAUAGGGGUCCCAAGAGGGGUCCCUGAUGAGUUCAAAGCCAGGAAUCAAGUAGCUGCAGGCUUUGAAUCUAUUCUUGCUAUAAUCACUGUGAACAAAAAUGUAGACUGGAUUAAUUACAUUUACUAUAAUCAACAAAGGUUUGUAAACUACACAAGGGAUGCGUUACGAGGUGUUGCAGAGCAGCUCCAAGCUGAUUCCAUUAUGACAUUUCAGAACAGAAUGGUCUUAGAUAUGAUUCUGGCAGAAAAAGGUGGGGUGUGCAAGGUGCUUGAGGAUCCUACAUCAUGCUGCACCUUCAUACCUAACAACACUGGUCCCAAUGGUAAAGUAACUAUUGCAAUACAAAAGUUAGAGGACCUGUCUGCCGAACUAAAAAAGAACUCAGGUAUUACAGAUCCCUGGGAUCAAUAUUUUGGAUGGUUUACUAACUAGAAACAUGCAUUAACGCAAUUAGCUAUUAUAAUUUUUGUAAUCAUUAUAGUUAUUGCUGCAUUUUCUCUAUGUGUGAUACCAUGUAUUAGGAGGUUGCUAGAAAAGGGAGUCGCCAAUGCUACGGUCACAUUUUACCAGGCCACGCCCUCAUUGGCUAAUGAAGACACUACACCCAGUGGAUACAUGCAAUACCUAAAACUCUACAGAGAAAGGAAGUUAAAAAAAGGAGAACCGUAUAGUAUAAAAUAAUAUAAGGUUCUAAGAGGGGAUUGAAGGGGUUACUGUAUUGUAUGUAUCCAUCACACAGUGUCUUUAUCCUGUCAGCAUUUAAUGUUAUCUCUUGCUAGGAAUGUAGCCGCGAAGGUUAAUUAACCAUAUUAGGACUUCCUAUUCUUACAUGUGUUAUGGCUUUCUCGAUCAUCUGUCUCUCCCAUGAAUUCUCUCAGAAACCUCCGUAUACCUAAUAUUAUAGGCUAGAGAUUAUACCAAAUAUUUGAGUGACGGAAGGAGGGGUGCA